GUAAAAUACAGAUUGCGCCAUGUGGCGCAAUCUGGGGCACCCUGAGCAUGUGGGUCCGGGUGCAGGGUAGAGUUAACCUAGCUAGAAUCAGAUUGCGGACUGUAUUGCGGCUAUAUCUUAAAGUGGGCGAGCUUCGAUUGUAUCGCCGUCUUCUUCUUCUUCAGAGAGAGCUACAGGUGCCAUUGCCAACCUCUUGUUGUUGUAGCGAUUCUGUCCGGCAAGGAGAAGCUGAAGCUGCUUGGAGGAGAAAGUGUGAGAAGAUCGGUUCGUGAGGAAAAUUAAAACUUUGCUUUGAUUGUUCCUUUUCGUCAGGAAAUCAGGAAACCCUAACGCCGUCUCUUACGCCGGUCACCGAUACAUAAUCAAUCUGAACGUGGAUAGAAUGGUGAACCACAAGAAAGCUGUUUCAUCGAAUGUUAGGGCCGGCAAGAAAUCAGCGGAACAUGAGAAGCGUUUCGGAGAAAAUAAGACUAUGAAGGAGGCAGCUGGAGGUCGUGGAGAUCGGAGACUUGGAUCAAUGGCGAAGGCGCAGAUGGAUGAGAGAAAAGGUGAGUCCAGCAGCAAGAUAGAGGGAAGCUGCAGUGGACAGAGAAAUGGGGGAUGGGACUGGUACUUCGACCUGUUAGAUUCUCUUUCGGAAGAGGAGGCUAACGCGGAGUUUCAGUCCAAGGAGACUCCCGACGAAACAUCUGAUUCUCAUUUCGAUGAUUCCGAUUCUGAUGCUGAUAUGAUCGACGCUCAAGUCGCAUAUUACAGGAAGCCGGAAGAGUCCGGUUCUGAUUUUGAUUCUCCCCCUUCUUCUCCUUCUCAAUUCAAUUCCUCCAACCAUUUUGACUCCUCCAGAGAUGUCGAAAAUUUUUUACAUUUAUUCAUGGAGUCUCCCUCUCGCGGCACAACAGAUCGGCAGAAGCACCGUGUCUCAGGGUCUGGAACUGUGAGACCUAAGCAUGGUAGGAAGGACAACAACAGAGGGAGGCGGAAGGUGUCCAGCAAAAUUGUGAGGCCACAAGUUGAAACUCCAGCUCAUCUGGUUGGAAUGUCAACUACUUCCAGGUAUGAUACUCCGCGACCUGUGGCCCAUAGGACACCAGGGAAUUGGCCGGCACAAAUAAAGAAGUCAUACAUCGUGGUGGAUGCUAAUGUUCAACCUGAGGAGCAUAGCCGCGUCCCCGAGUGUGAUGUUUCUUCGGGGAAAGAUAGGUCGAUAAAGGAGGAGGAAAGGGAAGUUCCUGCCAUGGAGAAUCGGCACAUUCAGAGUGCACCGCCAGUUUGGGAUAACAAAUCACCUCACUUGAACGCUCCCAAGAAGCGGUGGCUGGCACUGAGUAGGAUGGAGGAGAAUAUUGAGAAGAGACAAUGUCUAGGCCCAAAUGUCCGUGACCAUGAUCCGAAGUAGGCAGUCAUAGACAGGUGAUGGGCUUCCUUCGGAAACUGGCUGAGAAAGGCGAGGGGAGUACACCGGCCUAACGAGGGAGCUGAAAUCAGGAAGAUUCUUCGAGCAGCAUCCCGGUGAGGGAUUAGAGUGGAAUGACCAUGAUUAGAAUUUCUGAAUGUAUGUUUUGUUGGCGGCCGAAUUGGGUGAACAAUUGCUUGUUCUUUUGGUUGUAAUUUAUUUACAUUGCAUGUUUGGUUUGGUCAUUUGGACCUUAUGCAAACAACCAGUACUCUAGUGUGCAAAAGCCUAUGUGACUUUAGGCAUUUGGUCCUGAGGCAUUUCAGAUACAAUGGUUAGAUUUUAAUGUA